AGUGGAGGAGGAGCAUCAUCACAAACCUGGAGAAAAACCUUCGAGUCGCUCGAAGACUAAAAAGACAUUUUUAAAGAAAAGAAAAGCCAAGAAAUCUAUCACCUGCACUCAGUGUGGGAAGAGUUUCCCAAACAAGCAAAGUCUUGAGCGUCACAUGAUAGUUCACACCGGCGAGAAGCCGUUCACAUGUGAUAAGUGCGGAAACCAAUUCAAAGAAAGAGGAAACCUUAGCAACAACAUGAACUUCAAAGAAAGAGGAAACCUUAGCAAACACAUGAAAAUCCACACUGGAGAAAAGCCUUUUACUUGUAAACAGUGCGGGAAGAGUUUCACACAAUCAGCACAUCUUAAAGUACACAUGAAAAUCCACACUGGAGAAAAGCCAUUUACAUGUGAUCAGUGCGGGAAGAGUUUCACACACAAACAAAGUCUUGAGCGUCACAUGAGAGUUCACACCAGCGAGAAGCCGUUCACAUGUGAUCAGUGCGGAAACCAAUUCAAAGAAAGAGGAAACCUUAACAAGCACAUGAAAAUCCACACUGGAGAAAAGCCAUUUACUUGUGAACAGUGCGGGAAGAGUUUCUCACAAUCAGCACAUCUUAAAGUGCACAUGAAAAUCCACACUGGAGAAAAGCCAUUUACAUGUGAUCAGUGCGGGAAGAGUUUCACACACAAACAAAGUCUUGAGCUUCACACGAGAGUUCACACCGGAGAGAAGCCAUUCACAUGUGGCAAAUGUGGAAAGAGCUUCACGCAACCAUCACAUCUUAGAGAACACAUGAAAAUCCACAAUGGAGAAAAGCCACACACAUGUGAUCAGUGCGGGAAGAGUUUCACAUACAAAGAUUAUCUUAAUAUUCACAUGAGGACCCACACCGGAGAGAAGCCGUUCAUGUGCGGUCAGUGUGAAAAGAGAUUCUCAAACAAAGUUAGUCUUGAGGGUCACAUGAGUGUUCACACUGGAGUGAAGCCGUUCAUAUGUGGCCAAUGUGGAAAGAGCUUCACGCAAUCAGCAAACCUUAAACGACACAUGAGAGAUCACACCGGAGAGAAGCCGCACACAUGUGAUCAGUGUGGGAAGAGUUUCACGCAAUCAUCAAACCUUAAACGACACAUGAGAGUUCACACCGGAGAGAAGCCGCACACGUGUGAUCAGUGCGGGAAGAGUUUCACACAACCAGCAAAACUUAAAGAACACAUGAGGAUCCACACCGGAGAGAAGCCGUUCAAGUGUGAUCAGUGCGGCAAAACAUUUCUUCGGUCAUCAGCUUUGAAGACACACCUGACGGUUCAUACGAAGGAGAAGCCACAUUCCUGUUCUGAAUGUGGAAAGAGUUUUUCACUGCUGCGGAGAUUACAUAGACAUGAGAAAAUUCACACUGGUGUGAGAGAGCACAUGUGCUUUGAGUGUGACAAGACUUUUAUUACAGCGGACUGUUUAACACGGCAUCAGAAGAUUCACACUGGUGUGAGAGAGUACAUGUGCUUUGAGUGUGACAAGACUUUUAUUACAGCGAACUGUUUAAAACUGCAUCAGAAAAUUCACACUGAUGUGAGAGAGUACAUGUGCUUUGACUGUGACAGGACUUUUACUUCAGCAAACCGUUUAAAACAGCACCAGAGGAGCCACACUGGAGAGAAACUUCACAAGUGUGAUCAGUGCGGGAAGAGUUUCGCUUUUAAAAGUCACCUGAAGCUACACAUGAAGAUCCAUGCAGUGGAGGAACCACACAGCGAUGUUCACAAGUCUUUAUCGCUGGAGUCCGAGUCAAGUCUCGAGUGA